GAAAUGCGUGUCGCUAAUCGGCAAGCAAUUGUUGUUUUCAAUACGUUGAUUACAGUCGGUGGAGCUUUUGCAUUCGGAUUUUUUGGAAUGGGCUAUGCUGUUCCAAGUUUACAAACGGAGCUACUUUUUCGAUUAUCAGUCGGCGUUUUGUUGGCGUUAAUUGUCUUCUUUGCUGAUUUGUAUUUCAUCAUUAAGGGGAUGGAUGACCCCGGAGAUAAGCCGAUUAAGGUGACUUUGUUUUUUCCCGCAGUCGUUUUUUUGUCCUCAAGUUGUGAUUUGCUGUGGUUUUCUGAUUGA